UACAAAGUCAGACUGCCGUGAGACAUCGGUCCCAACAUGGCGCGGCGCAGUAUGAGGUUGGUGGAGUACGGGAAGCCCUUCCAGCUAGCGGAGGAAGAGGUACCCACUGCACCCAAGGGCGGGGCUGUCGUCAAGAAUGAGUAUGCAGGAGUGUGCCAUACCGACGCCCACAGCGCGGACGACGAGUUUAGCGGACUCGCUCCUCUAAAAUGCGUUCUCGGACAUGAGAUGGCUGGUACUAUUGUUGAGAUCGACCCUAGUGCCGAACUAAAGGUUGGAGACAAGGUGAUAGUCUACUGGCACGGUGGAUGUGGGGACUGCAGCAGGUGUCAGGUGGGAGAAACUACUGCCUGUCUCAAGGACGUCAAACACUGGGCUGGCAUCACAGAGGAUGGCGGUUUCUCGGAUUACGUGGUUAUUCCUGACGCCAGACUGUUGGUGAAGGUGCCUGACACGGUUGCCAUGGACGCGGCCUGUCUCCUCCCCUGCUCCGGUAUAACAGCGUACAACGCCGUCUGUACCAUGGUGCCGACCGUUCAGGACUUCGCCAAACACUCAGCGGACUGUGCAGUACUGCUGGUGGGCGCUGGGGGGCUCGGCCUGUGGGGUGUCCAGUUCGCCAAACAGCUACUUCCAGCUGGAGUUCGCGUCAUCAGUGCUGAUGUGGACGAGGAGAAACUGGCAACGGCUAAAGAAGCUGGAUGUGACGAAGCUCUUCUGUGGGGCAAAGAUGUUGAUGACGCCGCCGCUGUGGCUGCAGCUCAGAAAGUAUGCGGGAGUCUGGGUGCUGCUGUGGCCGCCAUCGACUUCGUCAACGUGCCUGCUACAUUCGGACGUAUAGAGAAAAUACUAGUCCAGGGCGGCAUGCACGUUGUGGUGGGUUUGUUGGGAGGAGACGCCCCCGGGACCGUCCCUCUGAUGCCGUACGUGCUGAGUCGUCACCAGAUGGCCGGGGUGCUCAUGGGAUCUCUGCCGCAGCUUAAGGACCUCAUGGCCCUCAUGGCGAAGGGGAAGGUGAAACCACCGCCAAUUUCCCAUCAUCCUUUGGAGAACGUCUAUGACGUCCUGCAGGAUCUCAAGGCUGGAAAGGUCAAAGGUCGUGCGGUUGUGAAGCUGUGAAUGAUGGGAAAUCUGGAAACCGCCCUUACUGUAAACUUUAAAAGACUACAGAAAAUAGAAACAUGUACAACAGUAGAGCAUUCCUACAGAUUGUUUUUGAUUUUCAAAGCUUAAUAAUAGAGAAACGGUGUGAACAAAUGAAGCAGAAAUGAAAAAAAAA